UCCUCCUCCCCAUCCACCGCCAUGCCCCACAAACGCGCCAAACGCUCCGUCAGGGAGAAGAGCAAGAAGGAGCAAGGCCAUGACCUUAUCCCCGCGAAAUACUCCCUAUCCGAAGAGGCGAUCCCCAAGUCUGCCGCGCGUGUGCUAAACGCAGCAAAGGUGCAGGCGGAAUACAGGGCGAAGAAGCGCAGCUCGGAAGACGAUGGCAGCCAGGGGAAGGCAAAGCGGCGGAAGGUCGACUCGAGCACGAGCGGGAUGAGCAUCAAGCCGGGAGAGUCGCUCACGCAUUUCAAUAAACGCGUCGAAGACAGUAUGCGCGGCCUCGUGCGGUCCGCCGUCCAAACCUCGAAUGCAGUCGCGCGCAACGCACUCAAGAAAGAAGCCGAGGAGAAGAAGGCCGCGAGGCAGGAAAAGAAGGCGAAGCGCAAAGCUGACGACGCGGACGACGAUAUCAAGGAUUCCAAAUCCACUGGCGGCAAAUUUAAUGAUGGCAAGCGACCUGCGAAAGACGACACCAAGACCACCUCCACUAAACCGCCUCAACCCUCCACCGACAAACACGCAGACCGACCGAAGGAGUUCCAGCAAGCGUCCACCUCCGCGCCUCGACGGUUGAACGACAUCGCACAGGCGCCGCCGGAUCUGAAGAAGUUGCCACGCGGGGCGAAGAAAACCGCAGGGUCAAGCGCGAAGGCAGGCCACACCCCCAAGAGCGACGGCGUCGUGUCGAUGGCACAGAAAGUCAUGAUGGAGCAGGAGCGGGAGAAAGCGAUCGAGCGGUAUAGGUUGCUGAGGGCAAGUCAGCGGAAGGGGUGGGCGGAGGGGAGUGGCGAGAGGGAGGAUAGCGACGGUUGAGAUGAGGUCGCUACCUUUGGACACCUUGUAAGCUAUCCCGCACAUACGCAUUGGACGCUAUUAUGUCGAUUGAUCCCUCCUGGGAAGACCCAGAAAACUGGCCUCGAGCUCGUGGAGGGCCAAGACUCGUACUCUCGCC